GUUAAGGUCGUAUGGGUUUUCUUUUACCUUGUUUUUUCAACCCGUCCAGUUGGUGGCGGCAAUACACCUUGUUGAGUUGUAGUCCGCCAUUAAAGCCCACAGAAGAAGAAAAAUACCAUGGCGGCUUCCAUUAGGUUGCUCGCUCGGAGAAUAGUUCGUGAUGCUUUUCGAACUAUCAAUAGCAGUGUGUCUGUUCGAAUAGUCAGUUCAAGUUGCCCUUCAAAUCUUUCAGCUUGUCGAUGUUUCAGCGAUGGUGCCGCGGACAAAAGUACACAUUUCGGCUUCGAGACUGUGUCCGAAGGAGAGAAGGCAGAGAGAGUUUACAAGGUGUUUGAGAGCGUGGCCCAGAAGUAUGAUGUGAUGAAUGAUGCUAUGAGUCUGGGGGUCCACCGGCUCUGGAAGGACAUGCUACUCCACGUUAUGAACCCCCAGCCAGGCAUACGCCUACUGGACGUAGCUGGAGGAACAGGUGACAUCUCCUUAAGAUUCCUGAACUAUGUGAGGUCUCAGCAGGAGCGUGUUGCACGGCGGACUGCCCGGGCCAACCAGACCCCCUCCUGGCAGGAGAUCUCAACCAGCUACACGACCCCCACGGAGGGAAUAGAGAUGGAGACGGAGGCCAGAGAGUCCAGGGCUGUAGUCUGUGACAUCAACAAGGAGAUGCUAAAAGUGGGCAAACAGAAAGCGGAGAGCAUGGGCGUCAGUAGUGGUCUGUCCUGGGUGGUAGGAGAUGCAGAGGAACUGCCUUUCGAUGAUGACCAGUUUGACGUGUACACCAUUGCUUUUGGCAUCCGUAAUGUCACCCACAUAGACCUGGCUCUACAGGAGGCUGUACGUGUGCUGAAGCCAGGGGGAAGGUUCAUGUGUCUGGAGUUCAGUAAAGUCACCAAUCCCCUGCUGGCCAGGCUCUACGAUGCCUACAGUUUCCAGAUGAUCCCAGUGCUGGGGGAGGUGAUCGCUGGCGACUGGAAGUCCUAUCAGUACCUGGUGGAGAGCAUCAGGAAGUUCCCAGACCAGGAGACAUUCAAGCAAAUGAUUGAGGAUGCAGGGUUAUUUUCUGUCCGCUACCACAACCUGACAGGAGGAGUGGUGGCCCUACACUCUGGAUUCAAGCUGUGAACAGAGCAGUGCUGAUCUCGGAACGGUCCUCCCAUGUGAAGAGUCAUACUACCCUCCUCUGGUCAACUGAGAAACUACACUGAUCACUCUGAAAGUUAUGGAUUGAUAUGGACCUCUUGCCAAAACUUGACUGAACCACACAAUUGUGUACAAUUGUACCACCAAUUGUGUACAAAUCAAUCAAAUAAAACUUUAUUGAAAGCACAUUUUAAAUUGUGACAUUUUACAGUAAAACAAUAGAAUGAAGGAGAAUUAUUGUUUUUAAACUGAAGGCAAUAACAUUCAAACUAAAUGUGUAAAAUAAUAGUGACAGAUCAUCUUACAAGAGAAGAUUGUUUUAUGGAGACUGUCAUUUUCUGUUUUCUUUUAUUAUAACUCCUGGCCAGUCAUUACAGGUAUCUAAGGACAGUCCUAUUGUUGUGUCCACAGUUGUUUUUAACAUUUUAAUUCAGCUGUUUAAAAUGUGGUUUCUUAGUAAGAAUGCAUUGCUGAGUUUCAGUGUGAGCCUCAUGUACUAAGUUUUAUAUUAGCAGGGGUGGACUUGUCACAAGUUAAUUUGUGGAAUUGCUUUCCUUAAUGCGUUUGAGCUAAUCAGUUGUGUUGUGACAAGGUUGGGGUGGUAUACAGAAGAUAGCCCUAUUUGGUAAAAUACCAAGUUCUUAUGUCAAGAACAGCUCAAAUAAAGAUAAAUAACAGUCCAU